AUGGCGAACAACUUUGACAUGAACAACAUGACCGUUGAACAACUUAUGGCACUUAGUGAGAUAAUCGAUGACAGCGACUAUGAAGGAAAUCUUGAGGAUGAAGUGGAUAAAAUCUCGGAGGAUAAGUUCUACCGUGUUGCACCUAAGGACAAGGGAGAGAACAUCUUCGCGGAAGAGAAACUAUUCAUCGAUGAAGGUGAUAGAGCUACGGAUCCCAAGAGACCAAGAAGACUCCCAUUGAACUACAAGGGUAAGAGAGGAAUAAUGCCAACAUGGAAAUAUUCCGAGAGACAGAAGGCAAAGGCUUUACUAGUAGAGGAGGCAUAUCAAAGCUUACUGAGUAGAGGAGUUGAAGGUCUACCACCAACAAUGGGAGGUAGAUGGAGAACAGACGAUCCUCAGGUAAACACUGAGAUGAAGAGGCUCGAAAACCUCAGGAAUCCCAAGCGUCCCAGAGGUAGACCACCAAAGGUCAAGGUUGAUGGUGAAGUAACCCCCAAAAGAAGGGGUAGACCACCAAAGACCGCGGUAGCCGAAACCAAAGAAGUUAAGGUUGCCAAAAGGAGAGGUAGACCACCAAAGGCUAAGGUGGUUGAAACUCAAAAAGUUACGGUUCCUAAGAGGAGAGGUAGACCACCAAAGGUUAGGGUAGUCGAAACACCGAAACCUAAGGUUAGAAGACAGACUGUCGCAGAAAGGUUUAUAAGCCAGGGUCGGAUAAAACUCUCGGUUCCUGCGGAUAGUGUCAUAACACAGGUGGGACCAAAUAAGUUCACGGUGACAGUGGAUCUAAGCAGAAAACCUACAAGGAAAGCUCCUGAGGUGCCAAAAGGUGUGACUCCAUGGAAACCUAGAGAGAGACCAGUUCCUAAGCCUAGAACGGUUCUUCCCAAGGAAAAACCUGUUCCUAAGCCUAGAACUAGGAUUCCUAGGGAAAGACCUGUUCCUAAGCCAAGGACUAAAAAACCAGUGCCUCCUCCAAAGUUACGAAAACCUAAAAGGGUGACUAGGGAAGUCGCAAAGCAGCCUGUGGUGGUUACACCUGAGGAACAUGAAAUUGAUCCAUUUGGAACAUACCUCGAUAAGCCAUCCUACAGGAAAAUAGAAACUGCCGCAAAUGGAGCAGCUGUGACCUACUCAAUAACUCCAAACUAUAUGGACCCACUGGACCAGAUGACAGCAAGUAGGCAGGUGGUGAGGGGAAUACUAGUGAACGAGUUGAAGAGAAUGGGAGGUCUAAAAUAUACAGAAACAAUCAAGGUGAGAAUGUCGAAGGAAAUCGGUAAUGACAAAACAAAGAAGGAUUCAAUAUACUUCAAGUCGAAAACCGGAACUGCGACCAACUUUGAGGAUAUCGAAAGCACUGCAGCACAAAACCAGCUGACAAUCCUAUCCAGAAUUGAAACAUUUCAAAACCUAGGUUCAAACUGGAUUAUACUAAAUAUUGAAAGCCACUACGUUAACAUUGCAAUGUAUAAACCUCUAAAGGGUAGUUCAUAUAUGAAAUUACCCGCAGACAUUGGUAAUCCAAAAUGUGGUCUCAUUAAUAUGAAAAAUGAAGAUAACAAAUGUUUUAUGUGGAGUCAUGUGAGACACGUGAGACCAAAGGUCAGGAGAGCAACUACUAUAACACGACAGGAUGUUAAGUUCUCGGAAAACCUAGACUAUGAGGGAAUAGACUUCCCUGUGAAAAUAAGCGAUAUUGACAAAAUCGAGAGAAGAAACUGUAUAAGCAUAUCAGUGUUCGGCUAUAAGGGUAAAAAGCAGUUCUAUCCAAUAAGAAACUCCAAGACAAAAUACGACGAGCAUAUGGAGCUGCUACUCUUAGGUGACGGUAAUGGAAACAACCACUAUGUCCUAAUAAAGGACAUUAAUAGAAUGCUGUAUAGUGUAAGUGGACACGAACAUAAGAAGCACUUCUGUCUGUAUUGCCUCCACAGCUGUAAGAGCGAGGAGCUGCUGAAGAAACAUAAGGAGACAUGUCUCGAGGUAAAUGGAACUCAGGCCACAAAGCUUCCGAGUAAGGGUACGAAAAUAAAGUUCAAAAAUCACAGGAACUCAAUGCCUGCACCAUUUGUAAUAUACGCCGACUUCGAGUCCAUACUGGUUCCCGAAGAGAGAAAAGUUGAUCCCGAAAGCUCUGAGGAAAAGAGUACUACAGACCUUUACCAAACACACAAAGCCU